AUGAACAGAGAAGUCUCUGAGCGGCUUCAUGUUUAUUUCUUCCCUUUCAUGGCUCAUGGCCACAUGAUUCCAAUUCUAGACAUGGCCAAGCUUUUCUCAAGCAGAGGAGCCAAAUCAACCAUCAUCACAACUCCAAACAACUCCAAGAUUUUGGAGAAACCAAUUGAAGCAUUCAACAAUCAUAACCCUGAUGUCGAAAUCGGAAUCAAGAUCUUCGACUUCCCUUGUGUAGAGCUUGGAUUGCCUGAAGGGUGCGAGAAUGUUGACUUCAUCAACACGUACCAAAAGCCUGAUUCAGGUGACUUGUUCUUAAAGCUUCUUUUCUCUACCAAGUAUAUGAAACAGCAGUUGGAGAGUUUCAUUGAAACAACCAAACCAAGCUGUCUUGUGGCCGAUAUGUUCUUCCCUUGGGCGACAGAAUCAACUAAGAAGUUUGGUGUCCCAAGACUUGUGUUCCACGGAACGUCAUUCUUUUCCUUGUGUUGUUCUUAUAACAUGAGAACUCAUAAGCCACACAAGAAAGUCGCAACGACUUCUACUCCUUUCGUAAUCACUGGUCUCCCGGGGGACAUAGUUAUCACAGCAGAGCAAGCCAAUGUUGCCGACGAAGAAACUCCAAUGGGAAAGUUUAUGAAAGAAGUCAGGGAAUCAGAGUCAACUAGCUUUGGUGUUUUGGUGAAUAGCUUUUACGAGCUAGAAUCGACGUAUGCUGAUUUUUACCGUAGUGUUGUUGCUAAAAGAGCUUGGCAUAUCGGUCCGCUUUCUCUAUGCAACAGAGAGUUUGCUGAGAAAGCUGGAAGAGGGAAAACGGGGAGUAUCGAUGAGCAAGAUUGCCUCAAAUGGCUAGACUCUAAGACACCUGGUUCAGUAGUUUACUUAUCUUUUGGAAGCGGGGCUAGCUUCACCAACAAGCAGCUGUUAGAGAUAGCUUUUGGUCUUGAAGGCUCUGGACAAAACUUCAUAUGGGUGGUUGGGAAAACUGAAAAACAAGGUGAAAAAGAAGAGUGGUUGCCUGAAGGGUAUGAGGAGAGGACGAAAGACCAAGGGCUGAUCAUACGCGGAUGGGCUCCACAGGUGCUGAUACUUGACCACAAAGCGGUUGGUGGAUUUGUGACGCAUUGUGGAUGGAACUCGGCUUUGGAGGGUAUUGCUGCGGGGCUGCCUAUGGUGACUUGGCCGAUGGGUGCGGAACAGUUUUACAACGACAAGUUAUUGACAAAGGUGUUGAAAACAGGAGUUAACGUAGGAGCCACGGAAUUGGUGAAAAAGGGAAAGUUGGUUAGUAGAGAGGAAGUGGAGAAGACAGUGAAGGAAGUGAUAGUUGGGGAAGAGGCAGAGGAAAGGAGAAAACGGGCUAAGAAGCUAGGCGAGAUGGCUAAAGCCGCUGUGGAGGAAGGAGGGUCUUCUUAUAAUGAUUUGAAGAGGUUCAUGGAGGAGCUGAAUGGUAGAAUAUAG